CAAAGCUCUCAGAAUGACGGAUGCCCUGAUGGCUGAGUUUGGAGCCGCGGCUCCGUACCUUCGCAAAUCGGACAAGGAACGCCUGGAAGCGCAGACGCGGGUCUUCGACAUCCGCACGGAGUGCUUCGUGCCCGACGAGAAGGAAGAGUUUGUCAAGGCGAAGAUAACAAGUCGAGAGGGCGGAAACGUCACCGUGCAAACCGAGGACGGCAGAACAGUGACCGUCAAAGAGGCAAACGUCCACCAGCAGAACCCGCCCAAGUUCGACAAGAUCGAGGACAUGGCGAUGCUGACCUUUCUGCACGAGCCGGCCGUCCUCUACAACCUCAAGGAACGUUACGCAGCGUGGAUGAUCUAUACGUACUCCGGGCUCUUCUGUGUGACCGUCAACCCCUACAAGUGGCUGCCCGUCUACAAUGCAGAAGUGGUUGCUGCCUAUCGGGGCAAGAAGCGAAGCGAGGCCCCUCCUCACAUCUUCUCCAUCUCCGACAAUGCGUACCAAUACAUGUUGACGGAUCGAGAAAACCAGUCUGUCCUUAUCACUGGAGAAUCCGGUGCAGGAAAGACGGUGAACACCAAACGGGUGAUCCAGUAUUUUGCCAGCAUCGCAGCUAUUGGCGACCGCAAGAAGGAGGCCGCAAGCAGCUCAAAGGGGACACUGGAAGAUCAAAUCAUCCAGGCCAAUCCCGCCUUGGAAGCCUUUGGCAACGCCAAGACAGUGCGGAACGACAACUCGUCCCGAUUUGGUAAAUUUAUCCGAAUCCAUUUUGGGGCGACGGGAAAGCUGGCGUCUGCCGACAUAGAAACCUACCUCCUUGAGAAAUCCCGUGUCAUUUUCCAGCUCAAAGCUGAGAGAAACUACCACAUCUUCUACCAGAUUUUGUCCAACAAGAAACCAGAGCUUCUGGACUUGCUCUUGGUUACCAACAACCCCUACGACUACAGCUACGUCUCCCAAGGAGAGGUAACCGUGGCCUCCAUCGAUGACUCCGAGGAGCUGCUGGCUACGGACAGUGCCUUUGACGUCCUGGGCUUCACCCCAGAGGAGAAGGUCGGCGUCUACAAGCUGACGGGAGCCAUCAUGCACUACGGCAACAUGAAGUUCAAGCAGAAGCAACGGGAGGAACAGGCAGAACCAGAUGGGACUGAGGAUGCAGAUAAGUCUGCCUAUCUGAUGGGGCUGAACUCAGCUGACCUCUUAAAGGGGCUCUGCCAUCCACGGGUGAAGGUCGGGAACGAAUACGUCACCAAGGGGCAAAAUGUCCAGCAGGUGUACUACUCCAUCGGAGCCUUGGCCAAAUCCGUGUAUGAGAAAAUGUUCAGCUGGAUGGUGGUGAGGAUCAACAACUCCCUGGAGACCAAGCAGCCACGGCAGUACUUCAUUGGGGUGCUGGACAUCGCGGGAUUCGAGAUCUUUGACUACAACAGCUUCGAGCAGCUCUGCAUCAACUUCACCAACGAGAAGCUGCAGCAGUUCUUCAACCACCACAUGUUCGUGCUGGAGCAGGAGGAGUACAAGAAGGAGGGCAUCGAGUGGGAGUUCAUCGACUUCGGCAUGGACCUCCAGGCCUGCAUCGACCUCAUCGAGAAGCCGCUGGGCAUCAUGUCCAUCCUGGAGGAGGAGUGCAUGUUCCCCAAGGCCACCGACAUGACCUUCAAGGCCAAGCUGUACGACAACCACCUGGGCAAGUCGGCCAACUUUGGGAAGCCCCGCAACACCAAGGGCAAGCCGGAGGCCCACUUCUCCCUCGUCCACUACGCUGGCACCGUCGACUACAACAUCAUCGGCUGGUUGCAGAAGAACAAGGACCCCCUCAACGAGACGGUGGUGGGGCUCUACCAGAAGUCGUCUCUUAAGCUCCUGGCCACCCUCUUCUCCAGCUAUACUGGCACCGAUGCUGGUGGAGAUGGUGGCAAAGGAAAAGGCUCUAAGAAGAAAGGGUCGUCUUUCCAGACUGUCUCCGCACUUCACCGGGAGAACCUGAACAAGCUGAUGGCAAACCUGAAAACGACACAUCCCCAUUUUGUGCGGUGUUUAAUCCCCAAUGAAAAGAAGGCACCUGGCGUGAUGGAUAACCCUUUGGUCAUGCACCAGCUGCGCUGCAACGGGGUUCUGGAGGGGAUCCGGAUUUGCCGUAAGGGGUUCCCCAACCGCAUCCUCUACGGGGACUUCAGGCAACGGUAUCGUAUCCUGAAUCCAGCCGCUAUUCCGGAGGGUCAGUUCAUCGACAGCAGGAAAGGAGCAGAGAAGCUGCUGGGCUCCCUGGACAUCGACCACAACCAGUAUAAAUUCGGGCACACCAAGGUGUUUUUCAAGGCGGGGCUGCUGGGCCAGCUGGAGGAGAUGCGAGACGAACGCCUUUCCCGCAUCAUUACCCGCCUGCAGGCCCGCCGGGGCCAGCUCAUGCGCAUCGAGUUCAGGAAGAUCAUGGAGCGCCGAGAUGCCCUUCAGGUGAUUCAAUGGAACAUCCGGGCCUUCAUGGGAGUGAAGAACUCGUGGAUGAAGCUCUAUUUCAAGAUCAAGCCACUGCUGAAGAGCGCAGAGACCGAGAAGGAAAUGCAGACAAUGAAAGAGGAAUUUGCGAGGCUGAAAGAAGCGCUGGAAAAAUCCGAGACCCGGAGGAAGGAACUGGAAGAGAAGAUGGUCUCUCUGCUGCAGGAGAAAAACGACCUCCAAUUGCAAGUCCAGGCGGAACAAGACAACCUCAAUGACGCCGAGGAACGCUGUGACCAACUGAUCAAGAACAAGAUCCAGCUGGAGGCCAAAGUGAAAGAGCUGACCGAGCGGCUGGAAGACGAGGAGGAGAUGAAUGCCGAGCUCACAGCCAAGAAGCGGAAGCUGGAAGAUGAGUGCACCGAGCUCAAGAAGGACAUUGACGACUUGGAGUUGACUCUGGCCAAGGUGGAGAAAGAGAAACACGCGACAGAGAACAAGGUGAAAAAUCUCACAGAGGAAAUGGCAGGCUUGGAUGAGAUCAUCGCCAAGCUGACCAAGGAGAAGAAGUCCCUGCAGGAAGCCCACCAGCAGGCUCUCGAUGACCUCCAAGUUGAAGAGGACAAAGUCAGCACACUCUCUAAAGCCAAGCUGAAGCUGGAACAGCAGGCAGACGACUUGGAAGGAUCCCUGGAACAGGAAAGAAAGAUCCGGAUGGACCUGGAACGGGUCAAGAGGAAGCUGGAAGGAGACUUCAAGCUGGCUCAGGAGAACAUCAUGGACCUCGAGAAUGAUAAGCAGCAGCUGGAAGACAAGCUGAAAAAGAAGGAGUUUGACAUCAACCAGCAGAGCAGCAAGAUCGAAGACGAGCAGGCCCUGGGGCUGCAGCUGCAGAAGAAACUGAAGGAGCUGCAGGCCAGAAUCGAGGAGCUGGAAGAAGAGCUGGAAUCCGAGCGCACGGCCCGGGCCAAGGUGGAGAAGCAGCGUUCCGACCUCUCCCGGGAGCUGGAGGAGAUCAGCGAGCGGCUGGAGGAGGCGGGGGGCGCCACGACGGUGCAGAUCGAGAUGAACAAGAAGCGGGAAGCCGAGUUCCAGAAGAUGCGGCGCGACCUGGAGGAAGCCACGCUCCACCACGAGGCCACGGCGGCGGCCCUGCGCAAGAAGCACGCCGACUCGGUGGCGGAGCUGGGCGAGCAGAUCGACAACCUGCAGCGGGUGAAGCAGAAGCUGGAGAAGGAGAAGAGCGAGCUGAAGCUGGAGGUGGACGACGUCAGCUCCAACGCGGAGCAGCUGCUGAAAGCCAAGGUGAAUUUGGAGAAGAUGUGCCGCACCAUGGAGGACCAGUCUGCAGAUUACCGAACCAAGUUUGAGGAGUCCCAACGGACCCUCAACGACACCAACACCCAGCGGGCCAAGCUCCAGACAGAAAAUGGAGAACUGGCCCGUCAGCUAGAAGAAAAAGAGGCUCUCAUUUCUCAGCUCACUCGAGGAAAACAGUCCUACACCCAGCAAAUGGAGGAUUUAAAGAGGCAGCUAGAAGAGGAGGCCAAGGCCAAGAAUGCUCUGGCGCAUGCCCUCCAGUCGGCCCGCCACGACUGUGACCUGUUGAGGGAACAGUACGAGGAGGAGACGGAGGCUAAAGCAGAACUCCAACGCUCGCUCUCCAAGGCCAACACUGAGGUGGCUCAGUGGAGGACCAAGUACGAGACGGAUGCCAUUCAGAGGACCGAGGAAUUAGAGGAGGCCAAGAAGAAGCUGGCGCAGCGGCUACAGGAGGCCGAGGAGGCCGUGGAAGCUGUGAAUGCCAAGUGCUCCUCGCUGGAAAAGACCAAGCACCGUCUGCAGAACGAGAUCGAAGACCUCAUGGUGGACGUGGAGCGCUCGAAUGCGGCUGCGGCUGCCCUGGACAAGAAGCAGAGAAACUUUGAUAAAGUCCUCGCCGAAUGGAAGCAAAAGUUUGAAGAGUCCCAGCUGGAGCUUGAGGCCUCUCAGAAGGAGUCCCGCGCUCUGAGCACCGAGCUCUUCAAGCUGAAGAACGCCUAUGAGGAGGCUCUGGAACAUCUGGAGACCUUGAGAAGGGAAAACAAGAACUUGCAAGAGGAGAUCUCUGAUCUCACCGAACAGUUGAGCGAAGGAGGGAAGAGCAUGCAUGAACUGGAGAAGGUGCGGAAGCAGCUGGAUGCGGAGAAGAUGGAGCUGCAGGCUGCUCUGGAAGAGGCAGAGGCCUCUCUGGAGCACGAGGAAGGCAAGAUCCUCCGCGCCCAGCUGGAGUACAGCCAGAUCAAGGCCGACAUCGAGCGCAAGCUGGCCGAGAAGGACGAGGAGAUGGAGCAGGCCAAGCGGAACCACUUGCGGGUUGUGGAGUCCCUUCAGGCUUCCCUGGACGCCGAGACCCGCAGCCGCAACGAGGCCCUGAGGGUCAAGAAGAAGAUGGAAGGCGACCUCAAUGAGAUGGAGAUCCAGCUCAGCCAAGCGAACCGGGUGGCGGCCGAGGUCCAGAAACACCUCAAGAUUGCCCAGGCGCAGCUCAAAGACAACCAGAUCCAAUUGGACGACGCCCUGAGAGCCAAUGAGGACCUGAAGGAGAACAUCGCCAUCGUGGAAAGGCGGAACUCCCUGCUGCAGGCUGAGCUGGAAGAGCUCCGCAGCGUGGUGGAGCAGACCGAGCGAGCUCGGAAGUUGGCCGAGCAGGAACUGAUCGAGGCCAGCGAAAGGGUCCAACUCCUCCAUUCCCAGAACACCAGCCUCAUCAACCAGAAGAGGAAGAUGGAGAGCGACCUGUGCCAGCUUCAGUCUGAGGUGGAGGAGGCCGUUCAAGAGUGCAGGAACGCUGAGGAGAAGGCCAAGAAAGCCAUCACCGACGCAGCCAUGAUGGCGGAGGAGCUGAAGAAGGAGCAGGACACCAGCGCCCACCUGGAGCGGAUGAAGAAGAACAUGGAGCAGACCAUCAAGGACCUGCAGCUGCGGCUGGACGAGGCCGAGCAGCUGGCCCUCAAGGGCGGCAAGAAGCAGCUCCAGAAGCUGGAGACCCGGGUGCGAGAGCUGGAGAACGAGCUGGAGCUGGAGCAGAAGCACAGCGCCGAGAGCGUCAAGGGGAUGCGCAAGUGCGAGCGGCGCAUCAAGGAGCUCACCUACCAGGCCGAGGAAGACAAGAAGAACUUGCUGAGACUUCAAGAUCUGGUGGACAAGCUGCAACUGAAAGUCAAGGCUUACAAGAGGCAGGCCGAAGAAGCGGAGGAGCAGGCCAACUCCAACCUGGCCAAGUUCCGGAAGGUUCAACAUGAUCUGGAUGAGGCCAACGAGCGAGCGGACAUCGCCGAGUCUCAGAUCAACAAGCUGAAGGCCAAGAGCCGCGAUGUGGGAGGAAAGAAACUUCACGAGGAAGAGUGAGCAGCUUUCGAAUUGGCAGCCGAACUGUGGCCCCGCCUCCCUGGCGCUCCCCC